UAGCGUGGCGAAUUGUGACGCACGCUCCUGAGCCCGUCCACGCAGCGUCCUCUUCCCCAAGGACACACCUGUCUCCUGUCAAAUUCAUCAAGUGUCAUUUGGCGGUAUUUUCAUCACCGAUUUUACCGCAAAGUACCCCUUUUUUUCGAAAAUUGCCGACAUGUCGAGCGGUGACAAUAAAGAACUUCACCCGGGAGCCAACCUUCACUUGAUCCCGAGUCCUUUAAUAACCAAACGGAAUCGGACUCCUUCAACGUGUGAGAGAAUUUUGAAAACGCAGGUUUUGUAUGGGGAAAUUAAGUCCUUUUGUCGGGAGAAGGGACACGGGUUUGUUACCCCCGAGGACGGGUCUGAAGACAUUUUCGUCCACAUAUCAGACAUUGAGGACGAGUAUAUUCCGCUGCCGGGGGACCGGGUGAAGUACCAACUGUGCCCCAUUCCACCCAAGUUCGAGAAACAUCAAGCCGUUCAUGUGCACAUCGUGAAUUUGAAGCCGGAGAUUCACAGACGGUGGGAGAGCUAAAUUAUAUUCGCAUUGUAACGAAUUUAUUACGCAUUUGUGUCGGGUAAAUUUUAGUAGGUAUUACCCUCUGAUUUAUUUUAGAAAUAUGUACACUAUCGGAUAUAGUUCCAUUAUACCCUAUGAUAUAGAAAUAUACACAUAUAAUAGUAUUUUUUGACGAUGACGUGUACUUUUACAUCUUAUUUGUAUGCAGGGCGCAAAUAAAACGUGAGCAUUUA